AUGACUGAUUUUCUCAAUUCGCUCAUGGUGGACAAAGACGUGAAGAAUUCUCAGUCACGACAAUACAUUUUGAUACUCUUUUGGGAGUAUUCAGCCGAAGAUGAUACACAUAUACAAGACGAAGAGGAGGAAGUAGAGGAAGAUAAAGAGGAGGAUGAGGACUUUAUCUUUGCUGCUCCUUCUCGGAAACGUCCACGAGCAGUCAGUAAGACUAGAGAUACUUCUCAUAUCAAAACUGAACCUCUAUCACCUUCGCGAUCAACACCAAAACCACGAGGCCCGAGAAACUCAAAUCUAAGACCUUUCUGGGAGCCUACACCAGCUCCAGUUGAUACUUCUAUCGAAGAAAUCGAGGCUAUCAUCCAAGAGGGACGUGAGGAGGAAGCAAUCUUUGAAGCAGAGAUUAGAGCGUUUGAUCAAGAGAUUAGAGCGUUUAAUCGAGGCGGUACUACUGAAUCAACUACUAGUAGGGAUAGGGAUGAGAGCGUUAUUGAUAUCGAGAAUCUUGCACAAGCUAAUAUAGCAAGUGAGGAUUCGCUAGAUGUCCCUGCUGCUCAUACCCGUGGAAAACAUGGUAUCAAGGUGCCAAAGAAACAGUCUUAG